UUAUAUAUUACCAAACAAACCAUUCUCUGUAAUCACUCUUCAAAGUAACUAUCAAACAAUCUGUUCGAAAUGGCGCGUACAAAACAAACCGCACGCAAAUCCACCGGAGGAAAAGCUCCACGGAAGCAACUAGCAACAAAAGCCGCUCGGAAAUCCGCUCCGGCGACCGGCGGAGUGAAGAAGCCACACAGAUUUCGUCCAGGAACAGUCGCUUUGAGAGAGAUCAGGAAGUAUCAGAAGAGCACUGAGCUUCUCAUAAGGAAGCUUCCGUUUCAAAGAUUGGUUAGAGAAAUCGCGCAAGAUUUCAAAACGGAUCUGCGUUUUCAAAGCAGUGCUGUUUCUGCUCUUCAAGAAGCUGCUGAAGCUUAUCUUGUUGGUUUGUUUGAGGAUACGAAUCUUUGCGCUAUUCAUGCUAAGAGAGUUACUAUUAUGCCUAAGGAUAUUCAACUUGCUCGCAGAAUCAGAGGCGAGAGAGCUUAGAAUAGCUUUAUAGGUUUACGUUGUGAAGUUGAUGCUCUUUUAGGGUUUGCUUUAUUUGUAUUGGUAUGUGUUUAGGUUAAUUUUUCACCGUUGUUUGGGUUUGAUUUUUUCACAUUCACAUCUAGUAUUGUUAAUCUUGAGUUUCAAUGAAUCAUAUUUCAAACCUAUUCAUAGUUUUUCA